AUUCUUUUUUUUUUUUCUCUGCUGAACAGGUUUGCUGUAAGUGUUGGUUACUGGAAGGACCCUUACAUCCAGUAUUUUGUGAGACAAGCCAAAGAAAGAAAAGCACCUGAAAUCAAUAGAGGCUAUUAUGCUCGUGUUCAUGGAGUCAGUUAUUUGAUUAAGGCUUUUCUAAAGAAGACAGAAUGCAACUGCCAAAUUGUUAAUCUUGGUGCUGGCAUGGAUACCCUGUUCUGGCGAUUAAAGGAUGAAAAUCUUCUCCCUAGAAAAUAUUUUGAAGUGGAUUUUCCAAUGAUAGUUGCAAGAAAAAUACAUAAUAUCAAAUCAAAACCUCCCCUGUCAAAACCAAUUAUGGAAUCCCAUUCAGGGGACUCUCUUCUAAUAGAUUCUCACAGCCUAGAGUCCAGUCGAUAUUCCAUAGUAGGAGCAGAUCUCCGUUUCUCAUCAGAUCUGGAGGAAAAGCUAAAGAAACAUAACCUGGAUAUACAUUUGCCAACGCUUCUGGUAGCAGAGUGUGUGCUGGUUUACAUGACACCACAGCAAUCUGCAAAUCUUUUAAAGUGGGCAGCAAGCACCUUUCCAGUGGCGAUGUUUAUAAAUUAUGAGCAGGUGAAUAUGACGGACCGCUUUGGACAGAUCAUGAUUGAGAACUUGCAGAGACGACAGUGUAACCUGGCUGGAGUGGAAGUUUGCAGAUCCUUAGACUCUCAGAGGGAACGACUGCUGUUAAAUGGCUGGGAAACUGCACGUGCCAUUGAUAUGAUGAAAGUGUACAGCUUUUUGCCACAGGCCGAUGUCAAAAGAAUAGAAGGACUUGAAUUCCUAGAUGAAAAGGAACUGUUUGAACAACUAAUGCAGCACUACUGCAUCUGCUGGGCUUCAAAGGACAGCAGUAACCUGGGUCUUGCAAACAUCACGUUCUAAUGCAUUUGCUGGCGGGAAGCCGUGGGCCCAGCAGCCACAGGGACUGCCUUCCCCGUGAGACAGGAUCACAGAAAUGAUGGGACUUUGCAUGUGCCAACCUCAGUCUGUGCAUCCGUGUAAGCGGUGCCGGUGCGGAAGGCGAUGGGUGCUGCUGAUGUCGACUGUCCUGUUGGUUUUUGGUAGUUCUAAUGAAUCUUUUUUUGCCCGUUGUGAGCAAUUGUUAUGAAGGCAAGACUUGCCUCCCAUUCCCAGAUAUGUAAUGAUGGACUUUCAUAAGAUGUCAGUAAUUCCUGUUCAAAAGCUUGCCUGCCUUAGUUUAAAACCGAAAGUAAAGUGUUCUUGGAUUAUAUGA